AUGUCAUCGGUAGCGGCUGGCAAUCGUGCAAGUGAAAUGUGGAGCCACAGUGCAGAUGUGAACAAUCAAAGUGCAAGUGAAGUGAAACAUUAUGGCUAUGGACAGUAUCCAGUGAUGGCAGCAAAUACUUAUAACUAUCACAAUAAUAUUUAUUCUCCUAAUUGUGAUUAUUCUAACAUGCAUAAUGAGGAAUACGGUACAAGAUCGUACACAAACAAUCAAAACGAUGUAGUGAAAUCAGAACCGAGUAAUUGGCAUGGGUAUGAUUCAAAUUACAUGCAUAAUAAUCAGACUAAUAUAGCGAUGAUAAACAAAUGGAGAGAAAUGAACUAUUAUUCACAACAACAACAAUUAGAGAAUUAUGCUUACGAACAAAAAGUUAAUGUUUUGCGUAACCAGUCCAUAUCAGACAAUAGAAGUGAAGACGCCAGGUCAAUCAACUCGCCAAAUCAAUGCAACGUAUUAGAAAUGAAUUACGGGUCUCCACAAAGUAUAUCAAGUAUGAAACCAGCUUCUCCGGAGCAAGAAGAUUCACCCAAUCUGCGAGCUCUUCUAACGAAACCGCAAAAGAAAAAACCUGUACCUUAUUUCGUCAAAUGUGAUAAGUCGUAUACGGAAGAAAUGUUGCAGCGUAUGAUGUACCAUGCGAAAGACAGUGCUGAAUGGGAAAAAAAUAAUGAGGUCCCAUCUGAGAAGGAAUGCAAUCUGCCUCAAUUUCAUGGUGGAUUCGAUGGUGAGGGUCAGACGUCAAUCAAGAGCAAAAGUACCGCGGGUGGGGCGGUCGCGAAAGAAGGCGCACAGUCAUCGCUGGAACCUAAACCCUGUCAGGAAGUGACAAGGGUCGAAGCAGGCGGGGACAAUACAGAUUACGCUGAGAACAAAAUGGCCGCUGCAGUUGAGGCACAAGGAUAUUAUCCAUGGAUGAAGAGUGUGAAUGGUGAUGACAAAAAAGAUGGCUCAAAGAGAACAAGACAGACCUACACCCGCUUUCAAACGCUAGAAUUAGAGAAGGAGUUUCAUUUUAACAAGUAUUUAUCGAGACGACGCAGAAUAGAAGUAUCUCACGCAUUAGGUCUAACAGAAAGGCAGAUAAAGAUUUGGUUUCAAAACAGAAGAAUGAAGGCAAAGAAAGAUGGAAAGCUAACCACUUCACCAGAUCCUUAUAGUACUGAUGAUACUAUUCCGAAAUUAGGUAUUGUAUCGGAUUUUAUGGACAAUCGACCAGUUGGUGGAAUACCUGACAAUUAUUCUAAUUAUACUACGCCAAUGGUAAAUUUAGUUCCACCGAACGGUUCAAAUAAUAUGCCACCGAAUUUUAUCAUGCCAUCUUAUUCCGGCAUGAUUCCUAAAAUGUGACAUUUUAACAUGUUAUUUUUAUUAAUAUUGUAUAGUCGACAGCAUGUAAGUUCACCACAAGAGGCAACAUAUUUUUGAUCCACUUUGAAUCUUAAUAUGUGCAUCAUUAGCUUCAAAAUUAAUUGUAUAAAUUUAUCUCCUUGUGCUGCUGUAACACAUAUAAAUUAUUAUUUAUUUAUCAGUAACCUAAUAAACAAAAUUUUACAUUUAUAUCUACAAUUUCUGUAA